CUAGUUUCUAUUAUUACUGCAUUGUACUAUAGUAACUGAGAUGGAGAGCACAAAAACGUGGGACAGCCAUCCACUCAAUUCAUCUUUCGCUGCCGCUGUGCACCCGCUGAUCUGCAACAUUGGCGAUGAGUACAUAACAUCACUACGUAUGCUUUGUAAGGAGUCACGUGUAGCAGCCGACUCUGAACGAAAGGGCGUGCAGAUCUCUCUUCCACCCCAUCCAUCGGACAAGCGUUUUCGGUCCGACGACCUCCGCUCUUUUUUGUCGCGGCUUCCGGCUCUAACACAAGCUACAAUCAGUCAGGAUCUUCUUUAUGUGGACCUGCCCUCCCGCAUUCGUCUUGCUGCCUUGCGCUCCGGAACCUCCAUCGCCACAUCAUUCGACGCACACGGGCGCCAUCCGGCAGCUGCGUCGCAACCAGGCUCAUCCGCCCCUCCUCCUUCGCAAACCCACGCCUCUUCUCCAACCACCUUCGUUGUCCCCUG